GUUGGGGCUGUCACUUGGCUGCUCGCGUCAGGCCACACCGGUUGUCUGGGCUGUGGCGCGCGGGUCGGGGCCCGAGGCGGGCGGCCAGGAAGGUUCUUGGGGCUGCUCCCCUAUGACGACUGGUGGGGAUCAUCCAGUCCCUCCGGCUGGAUGAGCAGCCUGGAAAUAUCAGGACCUGAUGACCUUCGAGGAUGUGGCCGUGUACUUCUCCCAGGAGGAGUGGGGGCUCCUGGACACAGCGCAGAGGGCCCUGUACCGCCACGUGAUGCUGGAAAACUUCACACUUGUGACCUCACUUGGACUCUCCACCUCCCGACCUCGUGUGGUCAUUCAACUUGAGCGUGGCGAGGAGCCCUGGGUUCCCAGUGGAAAGGACAUGACCCUGGCCAGGAACACCUAUGGGAGGCUCAACUCUGGUUCCUGGAGUUUGACAGAGGAUGGAGAUGUUUCUGGAGAAUGGCCACGAGCUUUCCCAGAUACCCCACCUGGGAUGACUACUAGCGUCUUCCCAGUUGCCGAUGCCUGCCACAGUGUAAAAAGCCUGCAGCGACAACCGGGUGCCUCCCCAUCUCAGGAGAGAAAACCCACGGGGGUGUCGGUGAUCUACUGGGAGAGGCUCCUUCUAGGCUCGCGCAGUGACCAGGCCAGCAUCAGCCUGCGACUGACCUCCCCACUCAGGCCCCCCAAGAGCAGCCGGCCCAGGGAAAAGACCUUCACAGAGUACCGGGUGCCUGGGAGGCAGCCCAGGACGCCUGAGCGGCAGAAGCCAUGUGCACAGGAGGUCCCUGGGAGAGCCUUCGGGAAUGCCUCGGACCUGAAGGCCGCCAGUGGUGGCAGGGAUCGCAGAAUGGGUGCAGCUUUGCAGGAGCCUCAUAGACUCCUCGGUGGCCAGGAGCCCUCGACCUGGGACGAGCUGGGCGAGGCUCUCCCCGCUGGGGAGAAGUCCUUCGAAUGCAGGGCGUGCAGCAAAGUGUUCGUGAAGAGCUCCGACCUCCUCAAGCACCUACGCACCCACACCGGGGAGCGGCCCUACGAGUGCGCCCAGUGCGGCAAGGCCUUCAGCCAGACGUCGCACUUGACACAGCACCAGCGCAUCCACAGCGGCGAGACGCCCUACGCGUGCCCCGUGUGCGGCAAGGCCUUCCGGCAUAGCUCCUCGCUGGUGCGGCACCAGCGCAUCCACACAGCCGAGAAGUCCUUCCGCUGCUCCGAGUGCGGCAAGGCCUUCAGCCACGGCUCCAACCUCAGCCAGCACCGCAAGAUCCACGCGGGUGGGCGUCCUUAUGCCUGCGCACAGUGUGGCCGCCGCUUCUGCCGCAACUCGCACCUGAUCCAGCACGAGCGUACGCACACGGGCGAGAAGCCCUUCGUGUGCGCGCUCUGCGGUGCCGCCUUCAGCCAGGGCUCCUCGCUCUUUUUGCACCAGCGCGUGCACACAGGCGAGAAGCCCUUCGCCUGCGCCCAGUGCGGCCGCUCCUUUAGCCGCAGCUCCAACCUCACCCAGCACCAGCUCCUGCACACGGGCGAGCGGCCCUUCCGCUGCGUGGACUGUGGCAAGGGUUUCGCCAAGGGCGCCGUGCUGCUCAGCCACCGGCGCAUUCACACGGGCGAGAAGCCCUUCGUGUGCACGCAGUGUGGCCGCGCCUUCCGUGAGCGCCCGGCCCUCUUGCACCACCAGAGGAUCCACACCCCAGAGAAGACCGAUGCCGCAGCACCAGACUGCACCCCGGGGCCAGGUUUCCUUCAGGGACAUCAUCGGAAGGUGCGCCGGGGAGGGAAGCCAAGCCCAGUCCUGAAGCCAGCGAAGGUCUGAGGUCACAGGUCGCAGCCCAACCCUUUCUUGGCCUUCUGUGAAUCCCUUCCACAGCUAAAGGGUCCGAGUGCUCUUCAGAUCCACGAUGGGGAAAAGCUCUGUGCCUGAGAGUCAGGGAUGAGGGAGACCCUUUGGCUGUGGUUCCAUUUGCAGGUGGGGACAGGAUUUGCCAGUUUAGUCAUAGCUCACACCUCCAUCCUCAAAGAGGUAACACUGCAGAAACAUCAGAGGGAGGAGGACAUGUCAGCUGGAACUCUGGUGGGGCUGAGGCUGUAGUUGGGGCCAUAGGAGGCCGACAAAUGCAGCGCUGCAUGGUGGUGCUACUUCAUGUGUUAUGAGAGUGGAUGCUGAGGUGAGGGGGAUGCAGACAUGGGGUAGGGGUGACCUAGAGAAACUUAUGAUGUCUGCAUACAAACUGGCCGCUAGACGGACGCUGAGGACAUUUUCCCCCUGAGGCCUCUAUUCAAAGCUUCCUGGGGGCCAUCUCAGCAAACAGGAGACUACAGGGGACUGGGGAUCAGGGUGUGGCCUGUGAGUGUCAGCCUCCUCCUCGGAAAAAGAAAAGCUUUGGGUCAACUCAGCAUCAUGUUUGCAGAUGCUGACAGACGGGAUCCUAAUGAGAGUCAAUGUGUGCUCACUGCCAGCUCCUGGGCUGUGCUCUGGUCAGCCAGGUGUGAGGGCCUGGCCUGCGGUCACACAGCUGACUCAGGAGAGGAAUGCCCGUGGUUCUCAGCAUUGGAAGGACAAACCUAGGAUGAUGGCUUUCCAGUGGCACUCGUUCAGGUUUUUGUCCAAGUCUCAGCUUGGCCAAGGCCUGUUGCUGACUCAUUUACCAAAGUCGAUGUGAGGAGGAGCCUUUACACCUGUGGGGACAGUGAUAGCUUCGGAGCAGAUAAGGUGGAGCUGCUCAUUUUUGCUGGAUUUGGUGGCCGCUCCCCGCCCCCAUCCCCACCCCCUCCAUCUCACCUUUCCCUUGUUAUGCCUCCUCAAUUGGAGGCUGGACAGAGAGCUGAAUAGGAAGGACUUGCCAUUACCUAAGGCCAUGUGUGACAGCCUCCUGAGGACCUCCCCAACCCAGUGUGAUGGGCCUGCAUGGCAGAGACAAAAGGGUAGACUGGGGGUCAUUUGCUUCCUGUGGCCUUAAGCCUACUAAGCCCUAUCCCUACCUGAGACUUCACCUCCAAGGAAAUUAAUGGUCUUUUCAAUGGGGGAAAAAAAAGACUAGCAUUUGCAACUUAAAAUAGAUGCAGUUUCCUUUACAGCCGUGUGGACCUCCACAGCACAGCCUCCUGUCUCUAUUCCAGGGUAUGAUUCAGUUGUUUGUUUGUUUGUUUUUGAGACAGAGUCUCAAGGCAACUCUUCUUGCCCAGGCUGGAGUGUAAUAGCACAAUCUCGGCUCACCGCAACCUCCGUCUCCCAGGUUCAAGUGAUUCUCCUGCCUCAGUCUUCUGAGUAGCUGGGAUUACAGGCGCCCACCACCAUGCCCGGCUAAUUUUGUAUUUUUAGUAGAGACAGGGUUUCUCCAUGUUGGUCAGGCUGGUCUCGAACUCCCAACCUCAGAUGAUCUGCCCAUCUUGGCCUCCCAAAGUGCUGGGAUUACAGGCGUGAGCCACCGCGUUUGUUUUUUCAUGAAGCGUCUCAGUCUGUCGCCCAGGCUGGAGUGCGGUGGAGCAACCUUGGCUCUGCCUCUUGGGUUCAAGCCAUUCUCCUGCCUCAGCCCCUCCAGUAGCUGGGAUUACAGGCUUGCGCCACCAUACCUGGCUAAUUUUUGUAUUUUUAGUAGAGACGGGGUUUCACCAUGUUGGCUGGGCUGGUCUCAAACUCCUGACCUCAAGUGAUCGGCCCACCUUGGCCUCCCAAAGUGGUGAGAUUACAGGCGUGAGCCACUGCGCCUGCCUACAUACCAUGAUUUUAAAGUUGCAGCUGUUUCCUAUUGCUUGUAACUCAGUCUUGUCUUUUCAAUGGUAACUAAUUUCUGUUUCAAACUGAAAGGUUCAUGAGGGUGAGUUCUUCUAUUAGUCUGUUUUGUGUCACUAUAAAGGAACACCUAAGGCUGGGUAAUUUAUAAAGAAAAGAGGAUUAA